AUGGCUGAGCGCCCAGUCUCUAGAUACAUCCAGCGCCGAGUUCCCGUGAGCCCGGAGACAGCGCCCACGUCGCCUCCGGCCUUGACCGCUCCGACUGCUCUUUCCACGAAGAGGUCUACGUACUUGGCUCGCCGUAUGGCGCCGGAACCCGAGGCAACCGAGGCAGAGGAGCCGAGCGAGCCAGCCACGCGGAAGGUGCCGUACCCCGCGCGGCGCACGUGGCCAGAAGCGGCGGCCGGAGCCCCGCGCUUGAGCUUCGUGGACUUUGGUGUGGACGCCAAAGGGACUGGAGGAAGAUCUGUCCGAGGCUCCAUCCAUGGCGAGGGACAGCAUGUGAUGCAUACCCUCGAAGAACUCACUGCUGAAAGGGACAUAGAACCGUCCAUCAGUCCGGAGCGAGUGCUGCUGAAUAUCUACGACCUGGGGGACAGCAACGCCAUCCAGCGCCUCAACGUCUUGUUGAAGCCCUUGGGCGGAGGUGCCUUUCAUGCGGCGGUGCAGCUGUACGGCGAGGAGUGGAGCUUCGGGGGCCUCUGCGCCGGCGAUGAUCCGGAGGACGGCUUCGAGACAGGCAUUUGGAGCUCUGCUCCGCAAACCUGCCGGCAGCACACCUUCCGGGAGAGCUUGGUACUGGGACCCACUGCCCUGUCGCACCGGGAGGUCUUGGAGCUGGUUUACGAGAUGUCGGAGGAUUGGCCCAUGAACAGCUACGACCUGCUGCGCCGGAAUUGCUGCCACUUCUGCGAUGAGCUCUCCUGCUUGCUGGGGGCGUUGGGGCCAUACUUGAUGACGGGAUCUCCCAAGUGA